UGAACGGAGGUUUGGGCUUUCCCUCAAUGAAGUGAAAGUGAUCAAGAGCCCGACAGAAUCUACAUCAGAGUGACACAUUCUGGAUACUGGGAUAAUGUGAUCUUGCGGAAACAAACAGAUCCUAUUGUUCGAUCUGUCUCAAUGCUACCUGGGGUCAAAUUUCUUUCAAGGAGUAGAAACUGGCAGCGUCAAAAGGUCAUCGAACCUAGGAACCACAGAUAGGUGCAACAAUUAUGCUCAGGAUGGCUCCUUCCGUCGUUGGCCCCUGCCUCAAAACAUAUGGCCAUCAAUAGUAUAUAGUCGCAAUGCUGUCCAGGAGAGCACCAAAACAACCACAUCUGUUACUACCCAUCUGAUCCCAGCUACAAACUCGUUGGUGCCGUUGUGCUUAUUGAGAUGCAUUACUUCGCGUGUACUCUUAGCCUGGCCCUGCUUCUCGGCACCGUCCAGUGCCAGUAUGAGAAGCUCUUUACGGACCAGCCAGUAUUCGUCGACCACCCAUACCCCACGAUCCCCAUUCAGUGCACCGAGCUUGGGCCAUCUGGAUCAUAUCUUGACCGUGCUCACACUCAAGAGGGUGCAGGAUACUUCCCAGCUCUAUCGUGGCCAUCUCCGACCGAAGAUACCAAGGAAUACCUUCUCAUCAGCGAGGAUCCUGACGCGGCGUUUCCGGUUGCUGUCGUCCACGGCCUGUACUACGUGAUCCCCCGAGUGUUCACUGGGCUUCAGCAUCCGGAUUUCGAGGUCGAUAACACUCGAGGCCAGCCAUACAUGCUCUGGGGUGGAUUCAAAUAUGGGUAGAACCGUGGAGGCAGCGUAUACCUCGCACCCAAUGCACCUCGCGGGCAAGGUCCGCACCGAUACUUUUUCGAACUGGUGGCGCUGAAUGGCACGAUCGACCAGAGUACUCUUAGCUCCCCGGCAACGGUGGAAGAAAUGGCACACGCUGUAGAGGGCAAAGUUGCCAGAUGGGGGGCAUGGAUGGGCUUGUUCGAGAGGAAGUAGGCAUCACGUUAGGACUCCGCGCUCAAGUGGUUGA